AUGGCGCGGAACGAAGAAAAACAGCUUGGCAGACUGAACAGACUACUUCUAAAACAAGACAAAGAAGAACAGGAAAAGAAGAACCCCAAACGUCCAAGGCUUGAGGACUUAAACUCAAGUGAUGCCAUUAAGAAGUGGAUUCCUAGUAUAAAGAGAGAUAUCGAUUUUUGCCUCAAACAAUCACAGGUGCCUUGUUACCCAGAAAGUAAGAUACAAGAAUGCAACAAAAAGAUAGACUAUCUACGCCAUCAAUAUUGGGCUUUUGUCAGAAAGUUACGCCAGCUCGACCCCAGUACUGGCAGCAUACCCUGGACAGACCGUCAUUACGCCCCAAAGAAACGCCAGCACUCUGCCAGUCAUCCUCACCACACAGGUGAUGAAAUUCAGAAUAAACAACAGUGUAUAGAUUGCAGUAUUCCUAAAGCCAACAGUGUGACAGAUUCAAUCUCUAAUGGAUUAAUUACCUCCACUGAUAGAAUCGACUCCACUGAUCAGACAGUACUACAUACUGCUGAACACAAGUCAAAUUUCUGUCCUAUCUCUACUCCAAUACUUGACAGCGACAGUUCCUACCAAACAAUGUAUGGAUAUGAACCAGUAUGUGUGAUAACCAAUGCUACAUUUGACACUGACCUAAAUGAUCAGCCACUAAAAUUUGGCUCUACUGAGGCCCCAGAGGGAGGUGAUUCCGUGAAUAGUGGUUCUGUACCUGAUUUAUCAAGAUCUGAUCACUGUGACAGUAAUGAUCAGGCUAGAAGACACCUUGUAUACAGAAGUAGUAGUGCUUUCUGUGAAGGAAAUGUUUCAGGUGAAAAGACCCUGUCUGCUUGUGGUCUCAUUCCAUACUCUGACACCUCUGAUGAUGAUGAUUAAAACUCCCCCAAUUUCUAUUUUCUUUUCUUCUAUGAAUUCUUUUAAAAUUAACUUUUCAGGCAAA